AUGCCGAGGUCGCUUGUCGUCACCCGCCGCCGCCUGUUCGUUGCACUCGCCGCAGCUCUCGUUUUCCUACCCUUCGUAUCCGGCCAUGACUUCCAGAACUUGCACGCCGGGAAUGCACGCGCGAUAGCUCGUCGCCAGCUUAGUUUUCCUUUCCCGAAUCCUGUCGGUCCCACCAGCUCGAGCGACUCGGCCACCACGGCCAGCCACAGCAGCGGCACGUCCUCAGCGACGUCUUCCACCCCAUCCAGUGCAUCAGCGACUUCCGCAGCAAGCUCGCAGGUCACGACGAGCGAGGGUCACAGCUCCUCGUCCGACACGGCAAGCUCGGCGGCGAGCUCGGCCACGUCUUCGGCGCCCACGAGCACUCCUACGUCGUCUACUCCGUCGGCCUCGGCCAGUGCGUCAUCAGAGUCGACGUCGUCGUCCUCCCCGACGGCUAUAACGACGCAGGUAGCGACGAGGGUGAGCACGAACGCGGACGGUGAGGUUUCGACGUUGGUGUACACGGUGACCGCGUCCGGGUCAUCGAGCUCAGCCUCGGCGAGUCACACGUCGGGCUCGGGCUCAUCGGGUGGGUCGAGCGGGGUCAGCACUUCGACGAUCAUCGGCCUGUCCGUUGCGGGAGGAGUGGCGCUGAUCGGACUGGUGGCGUUCGUUUUAUGGAAGAUAGGCAGAAAGCGUUUCUCGAACGACUUCGAGGACGGGGACGCGAUCAAAUGGCCCGAGUUGAACGCGCACGGGGAGAGCCCGCACGCGCUGCCGACGCAGCGUACGGCCGGAGCGGGAUUCGAGACGUCGUCAGAGGUGAACCUGAUACGGCCGGAAUCUCGGAGCGGGAGCUUCGCGGCGUCGACGGAGAUGUACCCUGGGCAGAACGACCCGUACGCGGUGCCGCCACUGCCGCACCUGAACCCGAACUCGGGCACGCCGUACCACGACGACUCCGGUGCUGGCUACUACGACCCGUACAACGGUCCCGUGCCGCAGACGAUCGAAGGAGAGGCGAUCCCGAUGACGCAGAUCGCGGCACGGUCGCGAAGCCCGAUGCCUGGGGUAAUGGACGGGCGGCGGUCGCCAGGGCCGCAGGCGGCUUUUGGUUACGAUGCAGGCAGAGCUCCCAGUCCAGUACUGGGACCAGCUACAGGCUUGGGGAUUCCGCCGCAGCCGGCAAGAGCACGAAGUCCAGGGCCAGGUGGAACUUACAGUGGAAGGGCGUCCCCAGGACCGCAAUCCGCCUACGGUGCUCCACCUAGUUAUGGCCCAUGA